GCCGGUCCCAUCGCGCCCCGCGCACGGCGAUGCCGCCGUAGGGGCGGGCGCCUCCCGCGGCACCGGCACCGGCACCGGCGGGGCGGGGGCGUCCUGGGGCCAUGUCGGGGCACGACAGCGGCAUGUCGGGUCGCGACAGCGUGCAGAUCCCCGACGACCGGGACUUCGGGGCGUUCCGGGCGCAGUGCGAGUCGGAGCGCGGCUGGAGUCUCACCUACAGCAAGGGCGGGGUGGCGGUCUGGGUGCAGCUGCUGGAGCCCGAGCGCGCCCUCCACAAGAUCAAGUGCAGGAUGGAGUGCCGGGACGUGCCGGCGGAGACGCUCUACGACGUGCUGCACGACAUCGAGUACCGCAAGAAAUGGGACACCAACGUCAUCGAGACCUUCGACAUCGGCAGGCUGACGGCCAACUCUGACGUGGGCUACUACGCCUGGAGGUGUCCCAAGCCCCUGAAGAACCGGGACGUGGUCACGCUCCGCUCCUGGCUGCCCAUGGGCUCCGACUACAUCAUCAUGAACUACUCCGUCAAGCACCCUAAAUACCCCCCCCGCAAGGACAUGGUGCGAGCAGUCUCCAUCCAGACGGGAUACCUGAUCGAGGGCACGGGCGCCAAGAGCUGCACCAUCACCUACCUGGCGCAGGUGGACCCCAAAGGUUCUUUACCAAAGUGGGUGGUGAACAAAUCCUCCCAGUUCCUGGCCCCCAAGGCGAUGAAGAAGAUGUACAAGGCGUGCCUCAAGUACCCCGAGUGGAAGCAGAAGCACGACCCCCACUUCAAGCCCUGGCUGUUCCCCGAGCAGAGCCGGCUCCCGGCCCUGGCGCUCUCCGAGCUCUCCCUGCAGCAUGCAGAUUCCCUGGAAAACAUCGAUGAGAGCUCCCUGGCCGAGAGCAAGGAGGACCGUGGCGAGGGCAGCGACGAGGACAGCCUGACCUGAUCCCCCUGGAGGCUCCUCUCCUUGUUCCCCCAGUGAGGACAGCCUGACCUGCCCCCCCCUGGGGGCUCCUUUCCUUGUCCCCCCACUUCCAACACAGUCUGUGUCCCUGUCCCGCACGCCCGUGCACGUGCACCCCCACUCCGGGCUCGGGGGGACUCCCCACUGCUGGACCCCCGUCUGGGGAUAGUGGGGACACACUGGGCCCCCCCAGGGUGGGAAGUUGGGGGUUGUCUGGUCACUUCAAAGCCCUCGAGGGACACCAGUGUUGUCCCCAUGGGUGGCAAAGCCAAAGUGCCCUUCAGCUUUUGGGGGGGGGCAGAGGAAAAUGGGGGCCCUGUGCCUGCUCCCCAGCCCUGGGGACCCUCCCACUGCACUCCCCCUUGGCCCCCCAUCCCUGCUCCCUAUCUCUUUUAUGGCCCAACAGAACUGCCUUCAUCCCAUGGGACCCCCCACCCCCAGCAGACCCCCAGGGGCAGGGGAAUGGGGGUCUUGGGGAUCUGCCUGCACCCCCGGGCACACAGAGGGGUUUGGGGGUGCUCCUGGCACUUCCUGGCAUGCUGGGGAGGAGGGGCUUUGGGGUUUUGGGGCAUCUCCAAGCAUGUAGAGGGGGGGCUUCUAGGCUGCCGGCACCUCCAGCAUGUUGGAGGGGACAUUCGGGGUCUUACAGCACCUUCAGGAAUGCGGGGGGAUUGGGGAGCUCAUGGCACCUCCAGAUGUGCUGUGGGGAGUGCUCUGGGGGCUCCUGGGACCUCCGUGCAUGUUGUGGGGCCCUGGGGGGCUCCCGGCACGUCCCUGCGUGUUGGGGGGUCUCGUGGGCUCUCAGCAUCUUCAGGGUGGUUUGUUGGGGGCUUCGGGGUAAGCUGGCACCUCCAGGUGUGCUGAGUGUCUCUGGGGGCUCCCAGCAUCUUCAGGCAUGUUGGGAGGACUUGGGGGGGCUCCUGGCACCUCCAGAUGUUCUGGGGGUCUGUGGAGAAUCCUACUCCCCCCUCUUUCCAGGAUGGGAACCCCAAGCUCGGUGCCUGAACUCUUCCUCCACUGGAAUUCGAGGCCUUGACUGGGGGUUUGGGAGCUGGUCCUUGGCCAUGCUCCUGGCCCCCCCUUUUUCCGGGGGUGCACAGGGAGGAGGGAGAUUUUGUACCUUGUACUGGAGCUGAUUAUUUAGGAAUAAAACAGUUAAAUCCGGCACGGGGGGAACUCGA